AUGUCCUUGCCGCUAGCUCCCCGCGCCGCUUUUCGCGCUUUGCGCCCUCCGAGCCAUGUCUGCGGCGCGUGCCGGCGCGGAUUGACCACUUCGACGCGCCUCCGCUCUGGCCACAGCAAAUGGGCAACCAUCAAACACGACAAGGCAAAAAACGACGCCGCCAAGAACAGGCAGCGCUCGGUUUUCUCCCACGAAAUCAUCCUGGCUACCAAGCUGGGCGGCCCCGAUCCAAGCUUGAACCCUCGCCUUGCUCUCGCUGUCGAACGCGCGAAAAAGGCGUCGUUCCCCAAGCAAGGAAUCGACAAUGCGAUCAAGCGCGGCCAGGGCAUCUCCUCGACCGGCGCCGCCCUCGAAAUCGUCACCGUCGAAGCCAUUUUCCCGCCGUCGGUAGCCAUGGUCAUUGAAAUCGAGACCGAAAGCAAGCUCCGCUCCCUCGCAGACACGCGCAUGUGGAUCAAGAAAAACGGCGGCAACGCCACCACUGUAGCAUACAUGUUCGAGAAGAAGGGCAUGGUGGUGUUUGAGGGCAAGGAAGGCUGGGGUCCCGACGAGGUGCUCGAGCCGGCAUUGGAGGCCGGCGCGCUGGACGUCGAGGACGCCGAGCAGGGCGCCGUUAUUGUGUACACGGACCCGGCUGACACCAAGAAGGCUGCGGAAAGCAUCGCGUCUGCGACUGGACUGGACAUUGCCUCGAUGGACAUUGUAUGGGUACCCAAUGAAGACACAAAGGUGCCGCUGGAUGGCCGCGACAGCACCGAGAAGAUCUCCAGGUUCUUUGACGAUCUGAAGGAAGUGUCGGGUGUGCAAGCAGUGUACUGGAAUGCGACCCAGGGCAGUGUGGAGGACAGCGCCUGGGAGCAACUGCUCGCCAAGAUCGACGACUUCGAAUAG